CUUUUUCUGUUAGACAACAAGGAAGUUCAAAUCUCUCACACAGACUGUCCUUUAUCGCAAAACCUCAUAGAAAAGCACCCGUCCACCGCCCAUCGUACAGAGCACAUCGCCACAACCACUCUAGCAAAUCACCACCGCCACAGUCACAGAUCACAGUUUGAUUUCGAAACUUCUAGGGUUUGAUUUCUACCCACAAAUCCCAAAUUCAAGCUCAAAACAGGCCAUCCAAAUUUUGUGUUGAUUUUGUGCUGAUUUCUCAAAAACUUUUGGUUUAUGAGUACAUGCAGAUGGGUUGCUUGUAGGAUCAUCUUUUUGGUAUCAUUGGCAACCAAUUUUCUUCCACAAAUAUUCUCAUUAUGGGGUGAGAGCCCCAGAAAGAAUAGGGGCUUGAGCUAUACAAGUGACAAUGUUGAGGUUGUUCUUGCUGUAUCAGGUUUUGGACUGUUAGCAUUUCUAUUAGGAAAAUAGAAAUUUUACUCGCAUGUUUGGUUUACAAUUUUAUCUGCAUAUGAUGGUCCUCAAAUCUUGAUAGCUUGCUUACUAGCUAAUGGAAGAGUAGAUGUAUUACAGAUUGUAGAAAGAUCUUGUUAUAUAUGAAAUGAACGUUCGUGCUUUUACGGCUAAUGAAUCUAGUGGGCAAAAUCCAAGCAUACGUGGUAGCUACCUUGGUGUUAUUGAGAUGUUUGGCAACUUGGUUCCUCACCUCGGACAUAAGUAUCUUGGAUACAUCCACGCAUCAGAGUUGAGCAGACUAAUUAUCUCAGAUAACAGCCUUUGUUAUUUAUCUUGGUCGAACAAUACUUGUAGAGUUUUCUCAUUAAUCUCUUUACAGGACAUGAUAAGGAACGCAAGUGCGUUGUCACGUACCACACCAAAGCCGCACGAGGGUACCCAUUUUUUGAUCUACCAUGCGAACCAUUGGACUGUCAUGGUGCUUGAUGUGGAAACCAGGACGUGGAAGCAUUACAAUUCCAUGAGGCAGAGACAAGGAAUGCAAGAUGACCACUACAACAAGGCACUUAAAAUGAAACAAUGGGUGGUCGACCACCACACGAGCUUCAUGAACCAAGGUUGGAAACCAACAAUGUUCAGGGUGAAGAUUGGUCGUAUUGCAACGUUUAUGGUAAUAUCAACUCAACAGUGAUAGUUACGCGAAAUAACGUUUGGUUUGACACCGAAACCCUAGAAAUACAAAAAAAUCCCUUAGCCUACACUGGCGUUGGAUCAUCAAGAGCAUUUGGACCAAUGUGAUUGUGGGGUAUUGGUUAACAAUGGUGUCAGGUAUGUGGUCUGUGAUGUUUCAUUUCCCUGUUUUAUGGUACAUCAUCGUCGUAAGGGGUAGUGUUUGGCAAUGUUGGAGCAUGUAUUGAGUGUGUGGCUAUAUGUAAUGGGUGUGUAGGGGUUUUUAUUUGGCCUA